GAUUGUUGAAAUGGCGGGAAGAAGAGGCCAUGGUGCUCCAAUUUAAGGAAAAAGAUAUUCCUCUCCCCUAUGAUCACCGUGGUGGUGGUGGUAUAGGGCUUUCCAAUGAGUUUGCUGACAAUACUCAUGUUCUGGUCGCCCUUAGUGGCAGAAAGCCUACUGCAUAUCGUGUUUGCCUUCAUCCCAAGGGUUCUUUCACCCCUAAAUCUUACAGGCAUCUAUGUGAAGUUUAUAUUGACCCCCCAUGUGGUGGCAGUGGUAAGCUAUUUGAUCUUGGUAGUGGAAGGUUUUGUUGGAUUUUUUACAGUCUCUUUGAAGCUUUUGUGGUUUGUGUUUUCAAGAUUGAUUUUGCACAUGAACAUGAAAUCCAAAUUUCCUCAAUCGACGAGGGAAGUGCAAAGAUUAUCUCCUCCAAGAUCUUUUAUGAAAAUGACAUUCCUUUCUCCAGGAAUUAUGACUUUAAUGAUGUUUGUUUAGGUUCUGCUGCUGCUUUGCAUAGUUAUGUCCUCUCAGUGCCUAGCGAUGAAUAUCUGUCUGCCGCAUGGAGUGAGGAGCAUGAAGUGACUGCAUCUCCCAGCAAUGAGGGCCAAGACAGGGAUGCGGAGAUUGAGAAGAGAAACACAACUAGUUCUUGCAAAAGGGACGGGGGAGGGAAUGAUGCAAGAGGGCCUGAAGACAUGGGCGCAGAAGAGGAAUGCGAGCAGAUUGAGGAUUCUGUGGGUGAGAAGCAGGUUAGGUCUUUAUCCCGUCUAGGUUCCAGGCUGUCUGAAAAGAAGGGCAAGGAUUGUGAAGCCAGCACCAAGCAGGAUGAAAGGUCGUGUUGCAGGGGAGGGAAUGAUGCUAGAGGGCCUGAAGACAUGAGCGUAGAAGAGGAAUGCGAGCAGAUUGAGGGUUCUGUGGGUGAGAAGCAUGUUAGGGCUUUAUCCCGUCUAGAUUCCAGGCAGUCUGAAAAGAAGGGCAAGGCUAUCUCUGAAGCCAGCACAAAGCUGGAUGAAACGUUGUGUUGCAGGGGAGGGAAUGAUGCUAGAGGGCCUGAAGAUAUGGGCGUAGAAGAGGAAUGUGAGCAGAUUGAGGGUUCUGUGGGUGAUGCUUCAUCCGAGCAGAGGAUCAUCCAAGAAGCCAAGAACACUGCAGCUGAGGCCAAGGUGAAAGUGCUGGAGUUGCAACUUGAAGCCUCCAACAAACCCAACUCUGCUGCGCAGGCCAGGUUUGAAGCCCUGGAGCAAGAGAAGAUCAAGCUCAGCGAGAAGGUUGAGGCCCAGAGGAAGCAGCUCAAGGCCAAAGAUGAAGAACUUGCUUCUACCCAGGAUAAGGCCAUCCAGAAGUGGAGACAAUCAGAGGAAUUCAGGCAAGCCGCCCAAUCAUAUGCCCGGGAAAAUAUAAGCAGGAUCCUGAGUGACAAGGUGGCCCAGAACCAUCUCUUUAAAGCCUUAUUCAAGACUGCUUAUGAAGAAGAUGAAGGGCAGGCUCCCAGGCCAAGUGCCAUGGAGGAAGGUUUUGCGAGACAGGAGCAUGAAGUAACGUCAGCUCCCAACUGUGAGGACCAAGACAGAGAUGGGCAGAUGGAGAAGAGAAACAAAAUUAAUUCUGAUAAAGAGGAGAUGGGAGGGAAUAAUUCCAAGAAGAGGCGCUGUCGUUCAAGAGACUAACUUUAUUCUGCUACUAUUGACAUUGUUCCUGGACUUCUCCCAGGUUCCAAAUCUAUCUAACAGCACUUUUAAAAAUCUAAAAACUUUUGCUCUUACUAAUGGAACCUUUAGCCUGAUUAUUCUUGUGAUUGUUCUGUGCAUUGUUGUUCAUUUGCUGUCAUUUCAUCAUAAUGCCGUCUUUUGAUCCCAAGAUGAGGAUGAAUAAAAGCAGCAUUUGCUAGCCUUGGUUGCACUAAUGCUUUAGUGCAUUAUUACUUUUCA